AUGCUGAAUCGCGGCAGAAAUGUCUCUUCAAACGCUUUCAAAACUGUCUCCAUCCUCUUAUGGUUCUCGGCUUUUGUGUUGCUCUUUGGAUGUUGGGUUAAAUGCGAUCUAGUUGGACAUGGCAGACAUGAACUGCGCGACGGAAAGAUUGAAAAGUUGAUGGUCAAUACAAUGAUUGCCGAGACUCCGGAGGACUUGGAACAAUACAAAAAGCUUCCUGGCGCUUGUGAUGUUGAAAUGGACAAGGAUGGGAAUAUAAUUAUUUGGUACCUUAAACAUUCCAAAACAAAAGAGGAUGGAUGUUCUGCUGAUUUUGUCACUACAAAACAUGAUUCUUUUUUGUUGGAAUUUGGUAUCUGGCACACUUCUGAGCUUUCGGACUGUCUAGAUUUCGCCGGAGGAACAGGCGAUAAAGCCGAUAGCCUAGAAAAUUAUGCCACUUUAAAUGAAAAUAGGUACAUAUCCAAUAUAAGUAGCUACAACAAAAAACUAUUCUUAUUUAGGGUUGGAUUCUCCUUUAGUCUAAAAGGCAGCGAGUUCGACAGGAUUAAGAAUGGACCUCUAUAUGGUAAUGAUGAUGAUUGUACUGAUGGAGAAAUGUGUAAAUUCGGAAAAGGUAAAUGUUUGAAGGCAGCGGAUUAUUCUAUUGGAUGGGCUCGGAUAAAAGAAAACAUAGUUGACAGCCUUCAAGCAAGUAAAAAAUUUUUUAUUGUAAUAUAA